AUGUCAUCAUUUUACGAAAAGAUUGAGAAUGAUCCUGUCGGUCGAACUUCAAUGGGAAGUGCCACUGGUCGUGCAGUUGAAUCAAAACGAUGCGAUGCACUUUUUCAAGAUCCAUUUGCAGAUAUCUAUGCCGGUCAAUUUGGUCCACAAGGUAUCGAAAUCUUAGCUCGUAUGAAGAACACGACAAUAGAAUCCAUUACGAAUGAUACUGCCGUGCGUACACGCUAUAUUGAUGAUUUAUUAGAACAAGCCAGCAGUACGAAUCGACAAUGUGUCAUACUUGCUUGUGGUGGUGACUUUCGUCCCUUUCGAUUGUCUCUAAUCAACAGCUCACAAACUUUCGAAUUCUAUCUAUUAGACGUAUCAGGAGUACUUAUCUAUCGACAGAAAUGUUUUGAACAACUCGACCCGCGUUCAUUUGCGACGAAUCACAAAGUUACUGAAAUUGCUUGUAAUCUGGCAGAUGAAGAGUGGUCAUCGAAACUAGUUGAACAUGGUUUCAAUACAGAUCAGCCAACGAUUUGGCUUGCUGAAGGGUUCUUUCACUAUUUAACCGAGGAAGAUAUUCGAAAACUAUUCGAACGAAUUCGACAAUUGUCAGCAAGUGAUUCUUGUAUCGUAUUCGAUGUUGCAUCAACUCAAUUACGAAACUUUGUUCCUAUGAUACAUUUCGCUCUUGAUGAUGAGCAAGAGAUACAUCGAAUAUUCAAUGGAUUUGGCUGUGAAAGCGUCGAAUGCACACCAUUUCAAAAGAUUGGUGCCAUGUAUGGGAGAACAGUUUCUCGAGAUCGAUCAUUCAUUGUCAAGGCAAAAUUGUCUCGACACUAA